AUGCCUGAUUAUCUAUCCAGAUAUCCUGUCGAUGAUGCAGAAGAAGACCCUGAUGACAUCAUUCUCACGUCCUCAAAAUCAACUCAGACGCAUGACGAACUAAACUCCGAAUUUCUUUCAAUCGUCGCAGCAGUACAAACACGUUCAGCAACGAGGCAGUCAGCGUCAAAUAACCCCUCGACAAAAAUAACACCAUUACAAACAACAGAAAAAACAAUGUCUCUCGACACCACUAAUUAUGCGCCUCAUCGACUUAACGGUGAUCCAGAAGUUCUUUCUCGGGAGAACUAUAUUAUUCCAUUUACCCUUGAGCAACUGAAAGAGGCACAGCACGAUGACCUUCAAUUGCAAGACAUAAUGCGCAAUAUCAAGAAUCAUAAGAAAUAUCUCGUUCAAAAUGACAUAUUAAUGCGCCGAACUUUUCCUCCAGUUCCAUACGUUCCCCAAGGUGGAUAUCGGUCAAGCAUUCUCAAAAUCUACCAUGAUACAUCAGCUAACGGAGCACAUUUCGGUCGUGAUCGAACAAUUGAAAAGAUCAAAAAACGUUAUUUUUGGCCCUCCAUGAACAAAGACAUCGCAAAUUACGUUCAAUCCUGCAUUCCCUGUGCUCAAUUUAAUCCUCGUCGUCAAAAACCUCCUGGUGCAUUAAAGCCCAUCAAACCACCAGAUGGAGUCUGGCAACUGUUAACGAUGGAUUUUCAUGGUCCCAUUUCACCAACAUCAAAACGUGGCAACAAAUACAUCAUCUCGCUCACUGAUGUCCUAUCCAAAUUCGUGGUCGCUCGAGCGGUACGGGAUUGCUCCGCUCAGACAGCUGCUCGUUUCCUUAAGGAAGAUAUCAUCACAAAAUAUGGAACACCUCGCUGUAUCUUGACGGAUAACGGAAGUCAUUUCACAGCCAAAAUGAUGGAUGAAUUAUUUCAACAAAUUGGCGUUACUCAUUUAUAUUCAACACCAUAUCACCCACAAACCAACGGCCAAAUUGAACGAUAUAAUUCAACAAUGGAUGCCAAAAUUGCAGCGUUAUCAAACGAACAAAAAACCGAUUGGGAUGACCAACUCCCUUUUGUUACAUUCAAUUAUAAUACCGCGCUUCAUGCAACAACAAAACAAAUUCCAUUCGAAAUGAUGUAUGGCCGAUCUCCGAUCCUUCCUUUUGAUCAUCAAGACCCAACCGUCUCGCUCACACAAGACCCAGAGCAUUGUAAUAAAUUAAAUAAAUAUUUGUCGUCAUUAACCGAACAAGCCAAGCAAAACAUCUCGAAAAGUCAGCAGCAAUAUAAACAACGAUAUGAUGCUAAUAGAUCAAACCCAAAGUACAAUAUUGGUGAUCUCAUUCUCGUUAAAACACUCAAUCCUCGUCACAAAUUCGAUAUUAGACAUGAAGGCCCAUUCAAAAUUGUCCAGCAGCUCGGUCCAAAGACCUUCAUCAUCGAACAUGUAAAGAAGACAACAUUACAGCGUCAAGUGACGGUCGAUGCGAUCAUUCCCCUUUUUCAACGAACACCAUUACCAUAG